UACGGAUGUGUUAACUCUUGAUGAAGCUGUGGGAUACAAGAUAUCUUGGCCAAUGGAUAAAGUGAUUUUGGAUAAGGAUCCAAACUGUUCUGAAGAUUUAUCUAUGCAAAGCAAGGAAGGUGAAUAUCGAAGAUGCAAGAUAUAUGAUUGGACCAAUGAUGAGGACGAGGUCAUUGCUGAAGGUCUCGUGUGCUCUUCAAAAUCCAAAGACAUGGUUAACAACAUACCUCUGGGUCCCAAUGCUGUUAGUGUCGAAGUAGUGAAGGUGUUCAAUGAUCAAGCAUAUUUGUGGAGGCCAACCGCUGAUAUGUUCUUGAUUGGUGAUGCACUUAGCGAGAAAAUAGCAUGGCCAGUCCUAAAGGUUGAAGUCAUGCCUACACCUGCUACAGAAGUAACACCAACUAAAUGUGCAGGGAAGAAAAUAGCAUCACCUUCGAAGCCAGCCAAGAAAAAAGCAGUGAGUCCAGGCAGCACUAGUUCGACCAGAAGUCCGAAGCAGAAGUGCACUCUCUUGGAUUGCAACAACUCUGGACGUAAGGUAGCUGAAGGAAGGGUAGCUUCAACGGAUCCGAAUGAGUUGUGA